UAGGUCUUUCGAGCCUCUCUCACCCCAAUAUAUACAUUUUUCUUUGCGUUUUUAAUAAAACUUCUGUGACCAAAAUUAGGUCUUUCUUCAAUUCUUCUUUCUCUCUGAAUCGUGUUUUGCUGGAAAUCGGAGAGCUCUGACCCCAAUUUCACGGUUUUGGGAUAUUCUUGAUUUUCCUCAGGUGCAAAGGCUUGAUUUUUCUUGCUCUUCUUCUUCAUAUUAGUAAUCUAUUAUGUGUUGGUGUUCGAUCGAAUUCGAUCAAGGCAAGGCGUCGUGUGUAUUUUUUUUUUUGUUUAAUAGAGAAUAAAUUAGCUCUGGAAUCGAGGAUCUUUAUUUUUUAGAUUAUUAAAUUAGGAACACUUUCUCUUUUGAUUUUAGAUGCAUAAUUGGAUCAAGGGCACUAAUUUACGAGUCAUAGUUGUGAAAGAGUGGAUUUUUAGCUGAAUUCAGGAUAUUCUCCAAUACUAAAGGUGUUGCUUUACUCUGUUUCUCGUUGAAGCUUGAGCUUUAAGAUCAGUUCUCUCGAUUGGUAUCAAUCUUUGUGGUUUUAAAUUAGAAAUUUGGGUUUUAGUCUUCAUAUGAGAUGGAUAGGUCUCAGCAUCAGUUAGGUGUGAAUAAGAUUGGGAAGAACAUAAAGAAGAGUCCUUUACACCAACAGAAUAACCGAUUGCAGAAAAUUAGACCAGCGGCUAAUGUUCCUCCUCCUGUCAUGGCUCAACCAACUCAUAACUUAGCUAGACCACCAAUGCAUCCUUUGCCACACGGUUCACAAUCAAUGGUGGGUCAUGGAGAUCAGUUUUGGUCAGCUGAGUGUCCUGUCUCUUUGUAUAGUCAUCAUUCGCCACGGUUCAAUGGUUCUUCACGAGAUACGCCUAUUUUGCCAUCUCCAAGGUUCAAUGGUCCUCCACAAAGACCACAACAGUUGCAUAGUAAUAGUCUUCCUUCUCCUAGAUUCAACGGUCGUGGGAUAUUACCCUCUCCUACGUCCCAAUAUCUUCUACAAUCUCCAACGGCUAACCGGAAUUUGCUCUCCACUAGAUCACCUUAUCCGCUGCUAUCACCAAGAAGCUUCACCGUCUCAUCAAUGGAUCAACCUGGAAUUCUCGGGCCAGGAACAUUUCCUCAGCCUCCUGCGUCUCCUGAUCUUGUGUCCCCAUCAUCACCAUCUGGGAUUCUCCCAAUCUCUAGUCCAAAUUGGAGAGGUUACUAAAAAGCUCCAUCUCCUUCACUCUUCUCUUUAGGUUGGAUUAUAUAUUGUGUACUAUGAAAGGUGCGAGCUUUUAGAGCUUAUAAGGAACAAGAGAAACAGAGGUUUAAAAACAAUGAAGUCCCUAGCUUUCGUAGAACGUCAAAGAUCUUAAAGUUUUAACAUUUUUGAAGCUUUGGCAAGAAAAGCAAAAAAUGACUCAAAGGUGAAUAAUUAACUUUGUUUGACUCGGCCAAACAGAACACAAUGGACUAAGAAGAGCUUUUAGUUUGGAUUAUGAUUAUUUUUGUGUUCUGUUUGGCUAUAAGCCUGUCACUCGUUAGCGGUAAGCCUAUAAGAAAAGGAGUUAUUUGUUUCCGU